AUGAAACACACGGAUAGCUCCUCGACGUUACCGAAGCCAACUCAUGAUCAGUUCCAAACUCCCCAGCGGCCUGUCUACCAGUCAUCUUCCAGAGUAUCGAAGAGCACCGCACAAAAGAGAAGAUCAUCUCCGGGGCUUCCAAGAUCCGAACCACCCAAAAAACGACCGUCUUUACCGAAUUCGAACUUCGCACAGUCUACCCUCACUCAGAUCGACUUUAUCACCCAAACCCCACUCCCGGAAAAUGAUCACCUCAAGUACAUUGAAAACGCCGCAGAAGGCGUGAGGAGUUCCCGCCAAGAUUUCAAGUCUGUCCCGAGAAACAAUGGAUAUGAUGGAGAAGGCGAAUAUAGACCGUCUCAUUUGGUUGGAAAGGGCAUCUCCGGACGGGGAAUAAGCGACGAUCAUCCAAAACGGCGAAGAAAUGGUGGGGUGAUUCAGAAGACACCGAUGCGCAACAGUCUCAUUCCAUCUCAGACGAAAGGAAGGAGUAAGAGGAGACCGAAUGACAAGCCACCAUCGAAGCGCGACAAGACUUUGACACAGAUGGAUUUCGUGCGAAGAUAUAUUACCAUCGACGAUGAUGAUGACGACGAGGCCGUCGAUAUGAGAUAUCUCAAGACUCAAUUACCAACGGAUUCCCACGAGGAAGAAAUGCCUCAGAAUACAAGGCUAAAACAAGAAAACACCAAAGAUCUCAACCUCCCCUCCAAAUGCUCUCGAAGAAGUCCAGGAACUGCAGAAAUUCUAUCCGCAAACAAGGCAAUUCCGCAAGCAGACAGUAAUCUGAUUGCUGGAGAGUCUUCCAAGUCUCAGGAUGCUACAACAUUUGGCGUACCAGCCACGCCACGAAGAUCUAGGAGAUUGGAGAUUCCAUCCUCCCAGUCCCCAGAAAGUCCGGGGUUGGCAAUCAUCACAUCAUCUCAGUUUCGCAGUGCAACCAGGUCACCGCAAAGAACAGCGUACAAGAAGAAAAUCGAGCAAAGAGAAACAAUCAAGGAAGAAAUUGCAGAAGGCGCUGCGGAAGUUCCCGAGCUAUCCAAAAUUGAUCGGAUCGAGGAUUUCCCUCCAAGUGAAGCUCGCAGUGAUCUCCUUCAAAGUACCCCAUCUUCGUUUGAAGACACACAUGGCAGGUGUCAUUCCAUUGAGCUAUCGUUGAGGGAGCCAGAAAUGGAACUCCUAUCCCACGAGAACCCUCGGGCUUCUCGUAGACAGCGUGGAAGAACAGUUGUCUAUGAAACCGAUGCAGACUCAGAAAAUGAUGACAUCGACUGCGAGCCUGAUUCGCCUUUGAAAAGAAAAAUGUCGAGAGAUGAAGAUGUGGAUCCUGUUCAAGAUGAUCGAGACUCUCCAAAUGAUGAUGACUCGGAAGAUCUCCCUCUGCCAACUGCGGAUCUGACCACAGAGCUGGACUCUGCGCCUCCUUCUGAAGCGUUCAUGUCGGACGCGUCAAUGUUCUACCGAAGACAACAGCCAGCGACGCAAUUUCCACAUGAGCCAAUCCCAACUUUGAACACACAAAAGUUAACUGAACUUUUUCCUCACGAGGAGAUGUCAUCGCCGACACAAUAUACUCCCCGAUCCCGUCAGAAUCAAACCCAAAGCCAAGAAGGAGAUCAGGUGGAAAUUGUUCCUGAAUCCUCGCCUGCUCGAGGCCCUGAACAGACUACAGGUUCUCGUGAUCAAGGUCUGUUUCAGCGUCCACGGCUUCCUGAGCCAGUCAUACAGGUCGAGUCCUCACAGCCGGUUGAUAGAGGCCGACAUAAUACAGAUGGUCUGUUGUCGCGGAGCCAACUUUUGACUUCCAGUGUCAUGGAAAGCGUUCCCAUGCCCAACUUUUGGCUAGGAAGCCAGGACAGUGUGGGAGAGCCAUAUAGUUUGCCUGAAGCGUGA